AUGACUUACAGUGUAGCUCGCUCCCAGUGGCUUACUCCUGACGUUAUUGCUCGCCUAGCCGUUCGCAACCACCUGCCGUUAGCCGAAGGCGAUUACUUCGGACAGCACAAGAUUGCGCUGUACGACGCUAUAUUCGCUCGUUACUCCUCCACGGCCACUGCUGCCUUUGGCCGCCUUCUCCUGCCUUACCUGUUCCCAGAGCUGUCCGCCUCUGCCACAGUAGCCGACCUUGUCACUCACAUUUGCACUAGUAACACUCGCUACCUCGCUGCGCUUCCCGCCAAGUUUCUCACCAAGAACCCUCCUCCUAUGUACAUCACUCUCUACUUCAUAGUCACCCGCCUCCCUGACUCUCUUAGCGCUGUCAGGGACCUCCUUCUCGCCGUUGAACCCACCACCCUCACUGUCGACCUGCUCGAGAAGCACCUCCUUGCAGCUGAGACUAGCAUAGUCGCUGUAGGCGCUUCUCGUGGCACUCCUCGCACUCCCUUCUUUGAGGGGUGUUCGCCCUCCCCCCUUCUCCCCUCAGUCGCCUCGGCUGCAGCUGUUGACUACCUUCGUGAUGAUGAGGAGCUGCGUCUGCCCCUAGUGGGAGGUGCCGCAGCGGCAGAGGCAGGGGAGGCAGGGGCGGUGGGCGCUUCUCGUGGCACUCCGCUGCCCGUCGCCAGGUCCCCGCCCGCCCUCCCGUCGACUUCGCAACUGCUGUGA